AGUAUGGACCUCGGAAGAGAAAACUAAAAAAAAGAAAAGUCAAAACAGCAGUCUCCCUGCUCUUAAACGGAACAGCUCCCUUCAUAUAUGACGUCACUUCCUUUUCACAUGCUAGUGAUUUCUAUCGCAAACUUCGAUUUCAACUUCAGUUUCAAGAGCUGAACUGCCUCCAGUCGCAACCAUGCUUAGGUCCAAGAAAUACUUUUUGCUGUUCUGGGGGCUCUUGGAGACAUGGGUUUUCAGUGGAAGUAUCUUAGGGUGGUCUGCGCUUCACUAUAUGUUAAAGAGGGAAGGAGUUUAUGGAUACCUAUGUCAUCCUUUUGACGUUCCGGACUCUAAUUCUACCUUCAUUGCCGAAGCUUCUCCUUUAGUGGAUAAUUCUGAACCUUUAGCAGAACCUAUUGUACCUUCCGUACAAGUAAAGCUCGCGCAUGAUGUCGGUUGUGUAGCGCAAGACAAAGUCCUUAACCUGGCCUAUACUAUAGGCAUAUUCUGCGUAGGAUUCAGUGCGUUCAUCUGGGGAUUCCUUAUUGACAGACUUGGUCUCAGAAUCAUCAGACUUCUACUCAAUGGUUUUAUUACCGUGGGAACUAUCUUGCUUUCCGUCACAACAAAAGAUACAUCUUACCUCAUAUUUCCCGCUUUAACCCUCAUGUGCCUAGCUGGAGUACCUCUGCGAUUAGCAAAUAUGCAGAUUGCCAAUCUUUUCCCUGGCAGACGAUCAACAGUAAUAACAUUGUACAGUGGAGCAUUCACAGCAUCAGCAGCCAUUUUCAUAUUCACAAAGUACGGUUAUGAUGCAGGCCUGCCUUGGGAAUGGGUCUGCUACGUCCUUGUGGCUUUCAGCGCUUCAAUGCUGCCCAUCACACUUUUCUGCCUCCCAGUAGACCGGAUACGAGAAGAAAGUGAGAAGUGCCGAGAAUCGAUCUUCAAGAGAGUGGGGGACAUUGCAGUCAUUGCCACGGGACAGGUCGGAAAAUUUAAUCUUAUUCCAGCUUCGCCACUUAGCCACAAGAAAACUAUCGAAGGUUUAGAGCCUGUACCCCAAAUGAAAGUGAUACCAGUGACUAAUAACGAAAAGGAGACAAGUCCUGCAGUGUGCGACGAACAGCUACCUUUCAAAGUUGCCCUCACGUCUUUCUCCUUCUCUUUGCACCAGUAUUGGUUCUCAUGGCUACUUUUAGCCACCCUCAACUAUUCGGGAUCCCUCCACUUGUGGAUGGAAAGGAUAAGCACAGAUUUCCAUACCGUGAGCAUGUACACACAAAUUUAUGGUUUGUGUCAAGUAUCUUCUCUUAUCCUGGCACCAAUAGCCGGAAUCGUGAUGGAUCGAACACUGAACUCUGCAUCACAAGAACCAGAUUACGAUAAGCGAAAGCUGAUCAAGCUUCGUUCAGGAUUCUGGCCAAUGCUUUUCACUACCAUCGCCCAAGCCAUCGUGCAAGUGUGCAAGUUCUUCGAAAACGACAUUGCUGUUUACAUCUCCAUAGUCUUCACCACUAUACUCAGAUCUUUUCACGUUGCCGUAGCAACGGCCUAUCUCAGAAUUAGGUUCCCGGCUGGCCAUUUCAACCGUCUUCUCGGUAUAAUGAGUACUACGGCAGCAAUUGGCUCAUUAUUACAGUUUCCACUUUAUGUCUGGGAGUCGAAGUCCCAGGAGGACGUCUUCCAGGUCAAUGUGUUUAACUGUGUGACUUUGAUGUUAUGUUUCGUUCAUCCUUUACAUCUCCUCAUAACGCCUCUCCAGAAACGGUUUAUUCGGAAAGAAAGGGACGUAAUCCUGAAUGCCAAGGUCAAUUCCUAGUCAUAAAUCUUCUGUUACUUCACCUGUGUAUAAACCUUUAAUGUGAGUUCACGGACGAAUUUAAUCCAGCUCGUCUAGCGCGGUAGACUCUACAGGAAUAGUCAAGAUGCAAAUCUUGCUUCCUAAAUGUCGGCCAGACAUUUUUACAGUGCGUUAAAAAAUGAAGGUGCCAAAGCAGUUUUUAAAGAACGACUGGAACGCAUUAACAAUAAAAUGGGAAUUUGUUUUUAGUGAUAAUAUGGCUCAAUGCCAGAGGUAUUUUGUUUUGUGAUUAUUGAAGUGAAUUGUUAAAAACAUUAUCCUUGUACUAUGGGUCUAACUAAAUGCUAUAAACUGUUGUCGAAUGUAGGUUCAAGUUUAUUAAUUUAUUUAAAAAGUUAAGAAUAUUUACAAAAUGCUAAUUCAAGCUCUGCGGAACUUCAUUUAUAAGGAUUAUUUGUUGUUCUUUCUAGUUAUUUUCUGAAUAAAUUGAGCAUAUUGUUCAUUUAUUUAAUUUUGGAGUUUUUCAUAAAUCUGAAUACAAUAAAAAAGAACAAUUUGUUAUUAUUUUACAUUAAGCAAUUUUUUAGAGAUAAUUUGUUUUGUGUCAACUGAGAAAUAAUUCAUUGGCUUGAAUUUAGUUGUACAGAAAAAAAAAGUGUGUUUUAUUUUUGUUCUUUUAUUUUAGUAUUGGAAAAAUAAACAAAAAUGAUAUGUUAUUUAAUUUUACAAUUUUAUGUAAAUAUACAGUUAACUUCAUUGUUUACGUUAUUUGAAACAUAUAUUUUUUUUUUAUUUAGGUAAUUAAUAAUUUCAUUGCUUGUGUUGUUGGAAAAUAUUGUACUUUCUUAUUCUUACAGUUUUGUGUAAUUUACAUAAUUUUUAACUCUAUCAGCUUUUUUGAAAUCUUAAAAUAAAAUACCACGCAUGAAAAUAUAAAUCUUCAUCAGUUGCAUUAUAAUAUAUAUGUUAAUCCAUUGCAGACAAAAUAGUAAGAAAUUUUGAAGCAAAUUCACAAAGCCAUGAAAGACAUCGCAAAGACAUGAAAGAAGUUUAAAAGCAGUAAAAUUCCAAAAUUUUCAAACAAAAACGUAAAAGAGCCUAUCAGCUAAAUGUUUAUAAACCAGAACUCCCGAAAACAACAGAAAAGUAUAAAAAUACAUGAAAUAGGAGGUGGAAUACACUAAAAUUUGAUUUAACGUUACCACGAACAGGUAGAUCAGAUUCAAUUGAAUCCCUCUUCUCGGGAAACCACUGCGUUUCUGUUCAUCCAGGAUUAGUUGACGAACCAUCUUAAAUUAUUUAAUUCAAUUUUAAUAGUUCAUCCUUUCAUCAGCCUUUUUUUAAUAGUUCAUCCGAAAAUUCCGAACUCCUCCUCGACGCAGUAGGCCUUUAUUUCAUAUGAAAUAAAAAUAUAUAAAAACAAGCUUAAAUGAAAUGAAUUCAAUGCUUAGUAAAGCAAAAGUAAAACACGCACUACUUGCUAGUAUUUUUUAAAAUUUAUUUCAUUUUAAACUUAUUUUGUACAUUUUGUUGUCUCAUGAAAGAAGAGCUGCUGCGUCGAGGAGUCGUUCAGAAAUUUCGGAUGAACUAUUAGAAUUAAAUAAUUUAAGAUAGUUCAUCAGCUAAUUUUGAAUGAAUAGAAACGCAGUGGUUUUCCUGCGAAGAAGGAUUCAAUUGAAUCUGAUCUACCUCCUCUUGAUAUCUUUGAAUUAGUAUUUAAUUGUAUCCCUCUUCCUAUUAUUUAUAUUUUUAUAUAUUUAUGUUUUCAGGAUUUCUUCUGGUUUAAUAAUACUUAGCUAAUUUGUUUUAACAUUUUCAUUAGAAAAUUGCGGAAUUGCUUUGUGUGUGUAUGGCUAAUAUAAUAAAUAAUAAUUCGGAUAAUAAAUAAGCAACCCAGUUAUCCGAAUUUUCGAAUUAUUUUACGUAAAGCGCUCUCACUUCAUUCAAUAUAAAUGUACAUUUAUUUUAUUUCCAUUACUUUUUCCUAAUUAUUCCACUAUGAAAUUUUAGAUUUAUAGAAUUUGGAAUCCUGUCGAGCAUUCGUUAAUUUUUUAAUGUAAUUUAUAAACUGCAAGUCCAAAAAUAGGUUUGAUAACAUAUUGUAGAUUGUAUUGCGAAUAAAUUUCAGAUGCCAGCUUUAAAUUAAAAAUUAAAGAAUACAUCGUUUACACGUUAGCAACUUGAAGUCUUAUGAAUAUACGAAAUUCUGAACUUUUUGAAGUUGCAAAUUUGUAUGACCUAAAAUAGCGAGCAUAUAUGAUGUUCUGUUAGAUAAUUACUAAGUUUUGAUACCAAACACUUAUACUACCCAAGGAAGGUCUAAAAAAAUAAAUAUCUAAAUCUAUGCAAAAGUCAUUUUCUAAAAAUGCAAAUUUUGAUAUGGCUUCUGAUGCUCCAGAAAUAUAAAUUGUGUCGUUGAUGAGAUGGAUCUAAAACUGAUAUAUAUAACUGCUUUUAGAUAUGAAAAGAAUCUAAUUUAAAGUCUAGAUUGGGUUGUUUUGACUAUGGCAAGGCAUGUGAGAGCUAUCUGUCUCAGCCAAAAAACUUCGAUUCGUCCAAUAGGAGUAUUAGCCAGAAACCGGCGUUGGUAAGGAUGAUCUUGCCUGUCCCGCGUAAAUCGCAACACGUUUACUUCGUAAAUAAAAUAGUUCGAAUGGCGCAUGCGUCUUCUUGCUCAUAGUCGCGUCUCUUGAGGUCGAAUAAUUAAUGCUACAUUUUCUUAAUAUUGCACAAUUGUAAAUGCUACUUCUCUUCACAUUCCUUUAGGCGAAGCUCCAUUGAAAUGGAGGUUUACUAAGCAACAAAUAAGUUACAAAAGAUCCUGCAUUUCCUUUUGAAAUUCAUCGCAUUGGAAAAAAAUACCAUAUUUAAAGACACAAAAACAGAUUCUAAAUCGGAAAUAAAUUUUAAAUUUGCUAUAACAUAAUUCCAAUUACUGGAAUCCAGAUAUUCGGAACUCCGAUUAUCUGAAUUGCACGUGUUUCCAGUUCAGGUAAAAUAACCUCGUUUUUAAUUUAUUUAAUAGUUUUAAUUUUUAUUUUAUAAUUAAAUAAACGAUCUUUGAUGUGUAUUACACUAUUUAUUUCAUUAUUUACUAAUUAAGUGAAUUUAUUUUAAGUUAUUUAAUAGUUUUUAUUUUCUAUUUUUUAAUUAAGUAAACGUUCAUUGAUACUUGUUACACUAUUUAGUUCAUCAUCUUAGUCAUGAUUUGAUGAAAAAGAUUAUCAUUCUUAGUCAUGAUGAAAGAGAGACAUGAUUUAUUUUAUUUCAACAGAAAUUUCAUCGUAGUUUAAGGCUAAAAAUGUUCCAUGCUUAAUUCCGUAGCUUUACACAAAUAAAAACAAUUUUCCUACUUCAUUUUUGUUGAAACAAGAAUGGUUAAAGAUUCAGAAAAAUUAAAAAUACUUUUAUUGCUUUGUUAUGGAAAAAGUGAGUGUUUUCCGUAUCACUUUACGGAAACAAAGUCCUAUCUUUUUUAAAUCUCUGUAUUCCUUAUUGAAGUAAAAUAUAAGUAAAAUAUGAAAUAUAAACCCUUCUCUUGCAUUAAAUACAUAUUUGACCUACAGGAAAAACAGCAGCCGAUUUGCUGAAUUACCUGUGAUGCUGUACAGUGCAGAUAUUUCGGUUUUUAUCAUACAUUUGUUGUAAUAUGCAUAUUCAAAACGUGAAUGAAAUAAAUUCUUUUGAAGUACAAUAUUUACAAUAUAAGUAAUGCAUAUUAUAACUAGGACAGUACUUUUAUUCAGGUACGAAUUUUACUAUAUUUUUCUAAGAUUUCGCGUUUUAGAAUGUCGAAUAAAUUCGUGAAUUUUUGAAUUUGUCCCUCGUUAUUUCAAACAUUUUUGUUAUUAUUUCUGUGUUAGAUUAUUUCAGCAUUAGGAGAUUUUCUCCUUUACAUAAUUUUGUGUUAUGUUUAAUUCGAACUUCUGCAAAAUUGUACUUUCACAGUAAUCUUUCCAAUCGAGAACUUCAAACGUAAGAUUUAAAUUUAAAUUUUAACUUACAUUUUCAAUCGAAAUUAUAAACUUAUCAUAUAAUUUUUAUUUAGAUAGUGCAUACUUGCUAAUUGUGCUAUUUCUACGUUUCUGAUAUAUCAUCUCGACUUAGAUGCUAAUGUAAAUCUUCGACUACAAAAAGUUUCAGAUAAUUGUUAGUAUAAAUUUAAAGCAGCGAAUUUUUCACACAUUUAUCAUCGAAAAUCGCAAAUAUUCCGUGAAUUCUUUUUUCAGGCAAUAAAACUACUGCCCUGUUUAUAUUAAGAGAAAAAUACUGUUUUUACUAAAUUCAUUUUUUUUAUUUAUUGAAUACAAAACUUUGCAAUUUUUAUAAUACACUUUGGUUAUUUCAGAAACUGUACUUCGAAAUGUAUUAUAUCAAGCCUGACUAGUAUUUAUGGAAUCCAUGAAUUAUUUAAAUUUUUAUGUGAUGUAAUAAUUUUUAUAUGUGUCAUUCAUGGUACAAGAAUGAAAAAAAUGAAAGUUAUUAUCUGUAACACUUUGGUGCUAGCUGACUGUAAAGAUUGUAUAUAUAAGAACAUAUAUCUAUUGGUGAGGUUUCUCUUAAAAUAAUAAACUUAGUAGGAUGUUAAAUUGUGCAUUACACAUGUUUCAAAAUCAUUAUUCAUUAUCAAACAAUCAAAUUAUUAAUUUUAUGAUUAGCAUGUACUGUUAUUGUUCAAGUAGUGUUUUUAUUAGAAAUCUGCUGUGCCAACAAAUUGUUGAGAGAAAAUCGACGCAUGUAAUAUACGUUUUUUAUUUCUUCCUAAUUUUUAUAUUUUGUAUUUAUUGCAUAUCAUCACUUUGUAGAAAUAUGUAAAUUAGUAAACUUUAGGUUAUAAAUUUUUGUUAUAAUCA